GAAACAUAUGUGGCCAAGAGGAGAGAAUUUAUUAGUGCGCUAUAACUCAAGGAGGAGCAGAAGAGACAGAUGUUUGUCAGCAAAGUAAAGGAGACAGAAGCAGAACUAAAAGAGGAGAGGGAGUUGCAUGAAAGAUUUGAGAUGCUGAAACGAGCACAUCUGGAGGAGAAAAUGAACCUGGAGGAGAAGCGUAGAGAUUUGGAGGAGGAGAAGAACAGCUUCACAGUGAAGCGAGUGGCUGCUGAAACCCUACAGACUUUACAAGGCUCUUCUUCCUUCAAAAAAGACAAAGAGAAGAAAACAUACCUCCUCCUCCUCCUUCCUUUCUUUCCCAUAUCUGUUCCCAUCUCUGGUAGUCCCCAUCUGUGAAUGAGACUGAUCUGUGUCUGCAUUCACAAGCGUCUGAGGUCUUUUUGAUUGUCUGUGUUGGCUGAUCAUCUUCUAGGCUCUAAAGCCCGGGCAGAGGAUGCUGGGAUAGAAGAGCUUCAAUAAAGCAGACAGGAUCUUGGCAUGUUUAAGUAUAAAGAGAUAGACGAUGACACUAGUUGUGUGUUACUGCCAGCUGUCGGAUCAGCAUGCAUUUAUGCCCACUUGAUGAAGUGUUUUUGUAAUUGUUUGCACUCACUUUGAAUAACAUUAGUGUUAGAUUGCUUGAAAUAUGUGUAAAUGCUCUUGGUUGGUAAGAAUUUUUUUAAUCUAUUUUCAUUCGCAAUCAUGAUUUUGUGUAUGUUUAUUAAACAUUUUCUUUUCAGUUAAUUGGUACUGCAAGGAAGCAUCAGUAACUGCUCAGCAAUUUGACAGUCGCAGCAGAUUUUGAGAAUAUAUUUUUGUCCAUAAAAUGGAACUUAAGCAAAAUAUUUGUGUGUGUUCCGCAGAAGAAAGAAUAAGGGUUAAAAAUGACAUGUUAGUAAAUAAAUGAUGACGGAAUUUUAAAUUAUAGGUGAACAAU